ACAGUCUGGCAUUGAUCACGGCGCGGACCAAUCAUCGGGAGGGUAACAACGUGCUGGUGGUGAGCAGGGCGAGUGGUGGCGAGCAGUGCCGCGGUGAGACAGCAGUGUCGCGGGUGUGUGCAGAGUCCCUGGCCCUUGUGAGGACUCUCUACCCUCCCUCCCCGCAGGACCCUCGGCUGUCUCUGUGCCUCAAGGCCUCGUCAUCGUUCGCGCCGGGCAGCCCACAGCACCCUCGCAGGUCGCAGACGAAGACGGUGAAGGACUGUGUAUUGAUCUCCAAGGCGCCGCCAUCACCGAGCCACAGCGAGAGGGAGGGCGACAUGGCCUCCUGAGCUGCCUCUUCACACCACCACUGCCUAGUCGCAUACACCACUAACCCUCUCCCUUCUGUGACUUCAUCAGGUGUGAACGAUGCGUCUCCGGAGGGAUGCUGGGGAGGCGGGGCAAACCACGUUGUUGCCCCCAACUGACAACGUGGAGCCGGAAACCACCACCGCGGAAAUUACAAUGGAUGAGGUGGAGACAACUGUGACGGAGGGACUCGGCGGAGGCGGUGGCAUGGACCGGACGGAAGGAGCCCCGCCAGCCAGCACGCAGUCCCCCGGGGAGAUCGUUCAGGAGACACUGAAGGAGACGGCGGGGAAGAUGGGGAUUCCCGUGGCCGGCCUCAUCGCCAUCCUUGUGGGGGUGGGCGUGGUGAUUCUGGGCAUCUGCUUCUGCUGUAUUCGACGAUGCUUCAAGAAGAGACGCACCAAGAAGGGCAAGGAUGGCAAGGGCGCCGACAUGAAGAGCGUCCAGCUGCUGGGAUCUGCUUACAAGGACAAGGGAGACAUGGAGGAACUGACAGAGAACGCGGAGGACAUGGCUGAAGAAGGCGAAAGUAAAAAGAGCGAAGAAAAACUAGGACGACUAAACUUCAAGCUCGAGUAUGACUUCAACUCGAACAGCCUGAGUGUGACGGUGAUCCAGUGCGAGGAGCUUCCCGCCCUGGACAUGGGAGGUACCAGUGACCCCUACGUUAAGGUGUAUUUGCUGCCAGACAAGAAGAAAAAGUUCGAAACGAAAGUUCACAGAAAAACACUGAAUCCGGUGUUCAACGAAACCUUCACGUUCAAGCAGGUCCCCUAUGCCGACAUCAUGAGCAAGACCCUUGUGUUCGGCAUUUACGACUUCGAUAGGUUCUCCAAGCAUGACCAGAUCGGCGAGGUAAAGAUUCCACUGUGCCAAGUGGAUCUGGCCCAGACAAUCGAGGAGUGGCGCGAUCUGGUGUCCGUUGAGGGCGAUGGUGGACAGGAUAACAAGCUUGGCGACAUUUGCUUCUCGCUGCGCUAUGUGCCGACUGCGGGCAAGCUAACAGUAGUGAUUUUGGAAGCCAAGAAUCUUAAGAAGAUGGACGUGGGUGGCCUGUCUGAUCCAUACGUGAAGAUCUGCCUCAUCCAGAAUGGCAAGCGGCUCAAGAAGAAAAAGACGAGCAUUAAGAAGUGCACCCUCAACCCUUACUACAACGAGUCGUUCUCGUUUGAAAUUCCCUUCGAACAGAUCCAGAAGGUGAACCUGCAGGUAACCGUGGUGGACUACGAUCGCAUCGGUACCUCCGAGCCCAUCGGCCGCUGUGUACUGGGUAUGAACGCGUCGGGAACCGAAUUGCGUCAUUGGUCGGACAUGCUGGCUUCCCCUCGACGCCCCAUCGCCCAGUGGCACACCCUCAAAGACCCAGAGGAGGCUGAUGCCAUCCUUACUCAGAAAUAAAGAGGGUGUGACUAGCAGUGCCAGCCACUCGCUUCUCGUCGGCCCCGCUGGGGAAGAGUGGAUUUGCUGGCGGCAGUUCGAGGUUUAGGCCACACUUCGAUCCUGUCUCGCGAGUUGUUUUAUCUACGACUUCAUCAGUCAUGACCACACUUCCCCUCGCUCUUUCCCAUCCUUCUUCCUUCCCUGUGUUACUUAGAAUUCUGUAGAUGAUAACUUAGCAAAGAUAAAUCGUGGCCUGCCGGAUGUUACAACUAUACGUAGCCUAGUUCGGCAACGAUAAAUACUAAAACAAACAAAACUGUGUACAGCAAAGUCAACGUAGAUUCUUUUCUCGUAGUCCAGAAGUAAUUUUUUUCUGAUGAACAUAAUUUUUUUCAUCAUUAUUGUUACUGUUCCUGCGCGUCACUGAAGACACUGCUCGCGCAGUAUCCAGGGCGCAUUGCUUGUCAUCCUUUAAGCCAAAGAGACUGACUGAGGUUGCGUAGAAGUGUUUCCAGGUUCAAGGCGCAUGCGGGAAAAGGGGUUUAAAAUGUGAUUUCUUCCCAUGCAGUCCCAUCGACGAGACAGACCAACUUUCAAUGGUUCAGUGAGACCUCAAUUCAAAUCCUGGAGAUGGUACUAGUUCUUUACAUCCCAAAGUCUGUCAACAGCUGUACAGGUAUGCAUGCCUGCCAGAUCUCAUCCAGGUCUCUAUACUCACAAAAUCAAAUUGUUCCCAGUCUUACGUAUUUCUAGACAACAUAGUUCAAGUGAUUCCAAUCUCGAAAUAAUAA